AUGUUCUUAAUCAAUAUCCUAAUGCUAAUUCUUCCCGUUCUCCUAGCCGUAGCAUUCCUAACCCUAGUAGAGCGUAAAUUUCUAGGUUAUAUACAACUCCGAAAAGGGCCAAACAUCGUAGGCCCAUAUGGCCUACUACAACCCUUCGCCGAUGCUAUCAAACUAUUCACCAAAGAACCCCUACGACCAGCCACAUCUUCAACCACCAUAUUCAUCAUCGGACCCAUACUUGCCCUAACCCUAGCCCUCACAAUAUGAGCCCCCUUACCCAUGCCACACCCUCUCCUCAACAUAAACCUAGGCGUACUAUUUAUACUAGCAAUAUCUAGCUUAGCUGUUUACUCUAUCCUAUGAUCUGGUUGAGCCUCAAACUCAAAAUACGCACUAAUUGGGGCCCUCCGAGCAGUAGCACAGACAAUCUCCUAUGAAGUAACACUAGCUAUCAUCCUCUUAUCAGUAUUAUUUAUAAAUGGCUCCUUUACUCUAUCCACACUAAUAAUUACGCAAGAACAACUAUGAUUAUUACUCCCCUCAUGACCAUUAGCCAUAAUAUGAUUUAUCUCUACCCUAGCAGAAACUAACCGAGCUCCAUUCGAUCUGACAGAGGGAGAAUCAGAACUAGUCUCAGGCUUCAACGUAGAAUAUGCAGCAGGCCCCUUCGCCCUAUUUUUCCUAGCAGAAUACGCCAACAUCAUUAUAAUGAACAUAUUCACAGCCAUUCUAUUCAUAGGAGCAUUUCACAACCCCCACAUACCAGAACUACACACAACAAACCUAAUCACUAAAACACUACUACUCACAAUAUCAUUCCUAUGAAUCCGAGCAUCCUACCCUCGAUUCCGAUAUGACCAACUAAUACAUCUACUAUGAAAAAAUUUCCUCCCUCUAACAUUAGCCCUAUGCAUAUGACAUAUCUCAUUACCUAUUAUAACAGCAAGCAUCCCCCCUCAAAUGUAA